AUGAAGAACCCUUACAAGAAGGGCAAAAUCCACCCUUCCCCGUCACCACCAACACAACCGCCGCCCACCACCGCCACCUUCCUCUCCCUCCUCCCGGCGGCCGUCCUCGCCCUCACCGCCGCCCUCUCCCCUCAGGACAAGGAAGUCCUCGCCUACCUCAUCUCCUGCUGCUCCGACGCGGCCGGCCACCGGAACAAGAGGAAGACCACCACCGCCUGCGGAGAUGGCAAGCCCACUUUCGAGUGCAGCUGCUUCCGGUGCUACAUGACGUUCUGGGGCCGGUGGGACGCCUCCUCCAACCGCCACCUCAUCCACGAGAUCAUCGAGGCGUACGAGGCGGCGGCGCUGACGUGUCACCAGAAGCGGAAGACACGGAAGGGGGAUCGGCGGCGUCGGGGGAAGGAUGGAGAGUUCAAUAAUAUGGGACCGGGCGGUCGGAAACCGGAAUCGGCGGACCAGGUGGCGAGUCCCGACGCCAGUUACGAGGAGGAGGAGGACGGCCGGAGCGGCGGCGGCGAUGAGGUGGACUUGGAGAAGAGCGCCGUGAGGAAGAUUGUGAGUUUCGUUGGCGACAGAAUCAUUGGGAUUUUCGGAGGGGUUUAA